GCCGAUCGCAUCGUUGACCGUCGUCUCCGCGCACAAACCAAUCGCGGACAGGUGCCAACAUGGCUGCCACUGUACUGCCUACUCGUCUUCUCGUGACAUCGCCCUUUGUCUCAUCAGCAUUCGUUUAAUUGACGCAAACAUCGAAAAGCACCGAUCAGCCGAUCGAAAGAGACGGACGACGCUUUAAAUGGAACAGCGAACUUCAAUGGAAGAAUUCAGCUAGCAAAAUGUCAACCAGAUCGCAACUUACGAAGGAUUUAAACGAAUCGGUGAAAGCGCUACUUGGCAAACAUGUGAAAAUACUAUUAAAAAACGUGGUGAAAUUGGAAACCAAGCAAGAUAAGCAGGAAAAUCGUGUUCUUGUAUUUUCACCAUGUCGCCUUUUUCUCCUAUCGGCCAAAGUACCCACAAGAAUCGACUGCCAUUUUCAUUACCUAGAAAUAACGGCCAUAGAGUCAAGAAGAGCAAAUCAACUAUGCUUGACUGUUGGAGACAGAUUUUACAACUUUACCACCACCAGUGUAGGCGGAGACACCACGGAGGUGGAUGCCAUGAUAGAGGCCUUACAUACGGCUAUUCGAAAUAUCUUUCCUACAGUAUCACUAAAUUACAUUAUACGAAAAAUAGAAGUAAUACCAGCUAGCAGAUUGCAAAGUAUACGAGGAAGUGAGUUGGCAAGAAGCACAGAAGCCACACGGCAUACAGGGCCGUGCGGUGGUUUUUCUACUCAAUAUGCGUGCAUGUGUGAUCUGCAUGGUGUUCCGUACAGAGAGGAAGUGGCAUGGGACGUUGACACGAUAUAUCUUUCGCACGACACGAGAGAGUUGAACUUGAGAGAUUUCGAUCAUUUAGAUCAGAAGGAUCUGGUACCAAUUAUCUCGGCCUUGGAAUACAAUACGUGGUUCACUAAAUUAAGAGCAUCCCAUCUCAAGUUAAGCCAUGAACCUCUAGAGAGAUUGUUGCAUGUUAUGAGGAGAUCCUUGUCCAUCCAGGAGCUUUAUUUAGACAAUCUUGGGAUUAAAUGGGAUUUCGCUCACAAGCUGUCGUUAGCAUUAAUUUCUAACGCCAACACGAUGCUGCAAACGAUAGAUCUAUCACACAACACGAUCGAAGACAAAGGAGCCUUUAGUUUGUGUGGGAUAAUAGCCAAGCUAAUGCAAGGUGCCGCGCAUCUGAGCGGUCCCAUCGGAAAGUUGCCUAAAGGUCUACAGAAACUGAAUUUGGCUCACUGUGGACUGACCGGGAAAGGUGUAGGACAAAUAGCGCAUGCAUUAAGUUUGAACAGGACCAUGCCGACUAGUUUGCGAUAUCUGAAUCUUUCGGAGAACACCUUGAAAGACGACAUCAAUAAUUUGUGCAAUUUCUUAGCGCAACCUAAUAGUUUAACUCAUCUAGAUCUUAGUGGUACGGACACUACUUUAGAAUGUUUGUUCGGUGCAUUAUUACGAGGUUGUGCUACUAAUCUAGUCCAUCUGAAUGUUGCCCGGAAUUCGUUUUCGAGCAAAAAAACCAAAGAGAUACCUCCGAGUUUUAAGCAAUUCUUCACGGCAACUCUCUCACUCAAGUACUUAAAUAUAUCUUCAUGUAAAUUACCGUUGGAGGCAUUGAAACACCUACUGCUCGGUCUGGCGUGUAACGAAAGUACCGUUGGCCUAGAACUUGAUAUGAGUGGAAAUAAUUUGGGUUCCAUGGGCGCCCACGUUUUGGAGUCAUGCAUUCACGGAGUUCGAUGUAUAGCAUCGCUGGAUAUAUCGGACAGCAACAUGGACGUCGAUUUGGCGCAAGUCAUAACAGCUGUAGGCAAAAACAAAUCGAUAAAGCAAUUGUACAUGGGACGCAACACCGUCAGUAUGAAGAGCAAGCACAUAGCUGUCGUGAUGGACGCUCUGGUACAAAUGCUUCAGGAGGACGAUUGUGUUCUCCAAGCGUUACACCUGCCUGACUCCAGAUUAAAGGGUGAUCUCUACAACUUGAUCAAUGCUCUUGGUAGCAAUACAUGUCUUCAAACUCUGGAUAUUAGUGGCAAUCAAAUAGGUGAUCCUGGUGCGAGACUGUUGGCCAAAGCAUUGCAAAUCAAUAAUCAUUUACGGACCAUUAUAUACGAUAAAAAUAACAUCACGUUGCAAGGUUACGCGGACAUCGUUCAUGCUCUAGAGAAGAAUUGUAGUGUGCGACACAUGCCGUUUCCAAUCUAUGAUCUCCAACCUUGUAUGAAAACUUCCGCGGAGAAAACGGAACAGUUGGCCAAAAAGAUUCAAGAUCUGUUACAAAGAAACGUCACGCCAUGCAAAUACAGUCACGGGCAAGCGUUUAGGUUGCAGCAAGGAUUUCUGUUGAGCUCUACGCAACAAAUGGUAGACAGACUUGUCGUUCAAACGCAAGAUACCAUUAAGGCGCUUGCAGCGGAAAGUUGUGACGCCAAUAACGACAUUAAUUACGCCACUGGGGUUAUACAAGAUGCGGAUAAUUCUAAACAGUUACUUCCAAGAUUACACGAGGUACUUCAAAGACGAGAUGAAAAUAAUCCAAUUGAGCUAAAAUUACACGAUAUGGCAAAUGAAAUUCACAAAGUUGUGACAGUGUAUCUUCAGGAUUCCUUGGACGCAAUGUUAAAGUGUGCAAAUGAGCAAUGCCCUACGAUACUGUCGCAAACGGUGAUCAGAGGCGACGAGAGCGAGCCGAUCGCAGUGGAAGAUGAUCUUCGUAACACGUGCAAAGAAAAGAAUCAAAUUAAUAAUGAAUUCAUACAUACCACCAUUACUGAACAAGCUGGCGCGGAUAUUGUUAACAGAGUCAAUGAGCUCAAUUUGGCAGUAGCGGCGCAUAUAUCUGAUAGAAUUACGGAUGAAGUAAUCGAAUCGUUGUCAAGAAGUUAUAAAACUCUGAUCGGUGAUUGUGAUAGUCGAACGAGAAGCAGUACACCAGACGUUUUACGACCUAGUGCUGGUUCGAUAAGUAGCGGAAGCGUAAUAGGCGUAACUAGCGCGAGUGGUGUGUCUAUGACUUUACCUCCCGGCAGAGCUAGUCUUGUAUCUGAAGAAGAUUGUCCGCCGGAAACAUGUUCAUUGGCAAAUUCGAUUGGUCAAUGCAUCGAUCAGUCACCAAUGAAAUUGGAUUAUCUUAAUCUGGCAACACCACAUUUGUCGAAUAAACGUAAAAGUCUACAUGGAAGGAAAUUGAGACCUAAAUCUGUAGUGGAUUCAGUAGAGGGAUUGUCUGCCGAUGAUAUUCCGGAUCUCUUGCCGUCGUUACCGAAAAAUCAAACAGAAGGUUUGUAUUGGUCACACGCCGUCGUAAAUCUAUCAAAAAUCGCAAAACGUAAUUUGUUUUUUUUUACAGCUAUCUCAGAAACCGAGCAUUCAUUGACGGAGUCGUUGGAUUCCGUCUCGGAAUUGCCGAAUACCGUAGGUCAGCAGUUGCAACAUCUGGUCAAGUCCAGACCGCGUAGAACGAAGACGAGGGCACCUACGAGACCAAUGUUAAGACCAGAUCAACCGAUCGACGGUCUUGCUCUUGGCGAGGGUCUCGACGUGUUUUUCCGACCUACUACACCGACUACGCCUUUGAUAUCGCCUACGAGUGAUGACAGCUCUUUGCACACUUUUCCGACGGAUGGCAGUCCUAAUCUAUCACUGACGAGUCACAAGAGCAUUCCGCCGGAUAUGGAAAAGAAACACAGCUGCAACUCGCCGAUGUUAAAAACGCUCUUAGAACCCGCUCCGCGUUCUCGGUCCAGCGACAAUUUGGAGAAAUUUUCUCCUCUUGUCGGUAGAAGAUCUCAAGGGGAUUCUCCGCUAACCGCGUCACCGCUUGCCCGAAGAAAUACAACAGAUAGUGCUCAGACUCACGAGAGAUCCAAAGCCGAAGUCUUUACAAAAGAGAUUUGCAACAACUCUGUUACGACCGACACGAGCGACGAUUCUAAACGCAGCACGUUGACAAAUGUAUCUAGCAUGAGUCCGCAUGGCUCACGCGACAUCGACGACUUCGGAGCGAGCACGUCAGAAAAGGAUGCGGUAUCGAAAGACCAGGAAAGUCGUAAGAACACUGUGAAGAAAUCCACACCCGAUGCAGAAAAAUCAUCGACGUCUGUCAAAUUACGCUCAACCAAUCACGAUCUGAGAAGUCCCAUAAAUGGUGGCGGCAGCGGUGGUACAAAAAAUACAUCCGAUUCAGCCAAAUCUCCUAUAUUGAAGCCGUUAAUAAAGAGUGGCGGAUCCACAAGCGACGGAAAGAGCAAUGGCGCACUUUUGAAGAAUAAGCCCAUCCCGCCAGCGACAGCACCUAAACCGCGACCAUGGAGCAUGGCUACCGAUCGAAAAUCUGGGGAAUUUAGUUUGUUGAGCGACGGCUCUAGUCCGAACACUUCGGCUGGCAAUACACCUGAUUCCGGAGACGCUCUCGAUGAGUCAACCGACAGCGGCGUCAGCGGACCAGCUUCCCUGCCGCCGACGUUAUCAGCGAGCAGCACCGCGAGCUCGUUGAGUAACACGAGCGUGGAAAAGAGAUCGGUGAGAGAAUUAGCUGCGAGCUUGAAUAAGAGCAAAGCGGACAGAAAGGAAAAUGAGCAUACCGCACCCUCAGCAUGGCGAUCGCUGCUUCAACGUUCAGUCGACCGAACAGAGCCCAAGGUAACGGAAACCCAGAAAAUGGUUGAAGAAAAUCGUCCCAGCUUUAAACUUCGUCGCACAUCAUUUUUGCGCGAUUCAAACUUUAACUACAACAAUAACGAUGUAGUUGACGUUUGAUCCGAUUAAUCAUAGCGAUCGCGGCGUACGUUGCAAACAAAAUAUAUCUUCCUCCGUAUGCUGACACACCGACUGUUUGGCACACGAGAUAACAAUACUUCUUUGUGCCAUAAAAGAAAUCUCACUGUGUAUAUAAUAAUAUAUAUAUAUAAAGAAAUAUAUGUAUCGACCGGUUUUAACAUUUUAGAGACAGGGUACUGAAAGUUUUUACGGCAAUUAAAGUACUAAUCAGUUGUUAAGAUGACAUUAGAGAAUUUUAUACUAGUUUUAUAUAACGUUUUGCGUUUUUGCGCACAGCUACAUUUCGACUUACAAUUAGUCGUUUACUCACAUUUACACGUAUUAUUCAUGCAAACGCCUUAUUCAUAUAUUUCACACAUAACUGAGACCAAUUAUGUUUUAGUCUCUCGAAAAUGUUUACUAAAAAUAUUUAAACUUCCAACAAAGUCACGUUUUAUUUGUCAGAUUUUUAGCAAGCAAUAACGUUAUUUUUGUUGCGUGAAGAUAUUAGCAAAAGUAUUCUUAUUCGACGAUAUAUAUAUAUAUAUAUUAUAUAUAUAUUCCAAUUUUUACAUAUUUAUACAUUAUCGUGUUUCUUUAUGCAUUUUAAUAGCGCAAAUUCUAGACUCUCUUGUUCAGAAUAGACAAGAGUUACACAUCACAGUUUUAGCAAAAUGAACUGAAUCAGCUUCAUUUUAAAUGGAAAAUUGUUCACGAACAGUGGCAACUAAAAUAGAGUAAUAUACAUUUUGCGUAAAGAAAGGAUAGGUGUCUUCCACGAUCAUGCAGAAAACUUAUUAGUUAAGUGAUACAUUCAUGCACAUUUUUGUUAUUCGAGCAAUUAAUGUACAUUCUAAUAUUUGUUACCUGCGGCUCUUUUUUAAUCUGUGAUUUAUUCAUAAAAAUAUUUACACACAAGAUUUAAUAAUAUUAGCUAAAAUUUCUAAGGCAGCAAUAUGUUUCACAUCUACAUAUAUCCAAUAACAAACAAAUGAGUUUUUGUAAUUUUUAUUCAGUAAAUUCUCAGUGGCAGCUAUUAUUAUAGUUUAUUACUUGUCAAAGUAUAGGGGUGAGAUAACUGUCUCACUGGAAUUGAUAAAUCGUAUAAAGUGAGAAAAACUCUUUGGCAGAUGAAUUGAUUCGAUCACACUUACACGCGUUAGUUUUUAUGUCGAUUAUUUUUUGAGAAAUAUUUCUCAAAAGUCUUUCAAACAAGUUUAUAUACACUUUUUGUGAAAAAUUAACUUAACUCUUAUAAGGCAAUAAUAUACAAUUGUAAGCAUAGAAAAUUUGAAAAAUAUUUAAUAUUAUAUUUCUACGCAAGCACAUGUUUGUGUGCGCUCACACAUGCGUGUUUUUAAUUCUCUUAUAAAUAUAUAUUAUUAUCGGAAAAUAUAAAAAGCACUCUAGAUAUAUCUCGUCGUGUUCAAUUUGAAUAAAACUAACAUAUACAAAAUUAUUUCUUAAAAUAUUUCAUGCUGCGCAAUCUUUUAGAGAACAAUUGUUUGAUAAUAAAACAGAAACUAUAUUAUUUACAAGUGCAAGAGAGUUAAAUCGAUAAAGUUUAUAUAAUCUCAUAUUGAAAAACUUUGGUCUCUAUAUAGCGACAAACGCGUGUAUAUACAUUAUAUAUAUAUAUAUGUAAAAAAAAAGACUCAUGUAUAGGUAAAAUAUAUAAUCCGUAGGAAAUUUGCCAUUCUUAUGAUCAAGGAAAAGGCGAGACGUUCAAAUUUCGAAACAUCUGAACGUCUUAUAUGUGAAUUUUUUACCGUUUAGCUUUAUCAUAACAAUAUCGAUACCAAUUCCUUAUGCAGGUAACAUACAGACAGGUGCGUUAAUGUCUUUGACAAAUGAAGUUGCGCUUUUCAUUGUUAAGAUAUUAUUGAGGCAUUAUUGGUGCAACUUCAUGCGUGAAGACAUGAAAUGUCCCCCUGCCUGUACAUAGUACAUAAGACAUGUGAUCGUUGCAUUUUAUCACGAUAUUAUUAAAUAUUAACACAGCGUGAGCAUUCUUCCUCUCUAACGUUGAAGCGAAAUAUUGAGCGCAGAGUAUUAAAGCAUUUGUGUUACUAAAAUCUGUGUGCGUGUGAAUGUGUGCGCGUGUGUAUGGAUAUGCGCGCUAUGUACUGCAAGCAUAUAUGUACUAAUAAGCGUAAAAAUGCGAUCGUCUAACAUAUGCAAAAUAUAUGAAACAGCCAUAUAUUCACGUAUAUUAUGCGAAUCUACAUAAGAAGUCUUCAAACACAGCCGUUGGUCCUAAAAAAAUAAGGCAUUUCUCUUAACUAUAUAUAUGUGUGUAUGUAUAUAUAUACAUAU